AUGGCAGCCCCAUGUGUCAUACGAAAGGCGGAGCCCAGAGAUAUUGAUUCCAUUCAGCAGAUCUACGCCUGGUACGUGCAACACAGCAUCGCAACCUUUGAAGAGGCGGCGCCAGACGGCCCCGAGAUGCUGGCGCGCUUCCAGGCUAUCACCACGGCCGGGUACCCGUACAUCGUUGCCGAGCGCCAUGACGGCGACGGCGGCGGCGGCGGCGGCGGAGAGAUCAUCGGCUACGCCUACGUCUCAACCUACCGACCGCGCAGCGCAUACCUCUUCACGGUCGAGGACGCCAUUUACCUGCGCCAGGGGAUGGCAAGCCAGGGGGUGGGCUCGCGGCUACUCGGGGAGUUGGUCAGGCAGUGCGAGGCGGCAGGGACUUGGCGUCAGAUGCUGGCGGUGGUUGGCAACAGCAGCAACACGGCCUCCAUCGCGGUGCAUCGCAAGGCUGGGUUCUAG